CAAGACUUCAUCCAUUGUUCAUUGUCAUUUGUCAUUGUCGGUCGCAGUAGCUAAGGGAAGAUAAAGCCUGCCGUGGUCAUGUUUUACUAUUUACAAACAAGGAUGGGCUAGGCUAAACCGUUGCGAUUUCACGGAUUCAGCAUUCUGUUCUCGGAAGUGAUGAAUUGGUAUAUUUACUAGAUCUAGAUAUAUAUAGAUCUAAUCUAGAUAUAGAAUCUAGAUAUAGAUCUAGAUCUAGAUCUAUAUUCUAGAUUUCUCUAGGUUUUAUCAUCUACGACUAAUAUAUCUACAGCAGUACUUUCUCAGGUGUGUUGAAUCUUGAGUCGUCAUGGUCGGCUUCUGCGGCAAUUCUUCGUUUUGGGACAAAGAAGCCCUAUUGAACAACUGGUGGCCCCAGUUCACAGACUGUUUUCAAGAAACAGUCCUUACAUUUGCGCCAUGUGGCUGGCUAUGGUUGACAUGCAUUCCUCAUCUCAUCUACCUCAAAAGGCACCGCAGAUAUAUAGAGCUGCCCAUAUCUUGGCUGACAGUCUUGAAGUUGAUCUUCAGUCCUACCCUUUGCAUUCUCCAUCUGGUUCAUAUUGCUGCUGCCAGUGAAGAGUUUGGGCCAGACCUGUCUCCUUCAUUUUAUUUGUGUAAAGGGCUCUGGGCUGUUACCUGUGCUCUCGCUUGUGGUUUGAUUCUGGUAUCUCAAAAGCAUGGAGUUGCGAGCCCUUGCAUUCUCUUCAUCUUCUGGACCUUGUCUCUGACUGUAUCGGUCAUCCCUGUGUACAGUGGGGCUAUUCUGCAGGAGUACAAUGGAAAGCUUCUCUCAUAUUUCAUAGUCUGCCUUAUCUUGCUAUUUGUUGUUUUGGAAUUUCUUCUCCACUGCUGCAACGAGAAACAUGUGGUCCAUCUACAGAAUUCUCAUUUUCAGGGAAAUCUACAAAGGCUACAAGAAACCCUUGGAGUUGAGAGAUGUUGUAGACAUGCCUCAUUACAUGCACAGCACUAACAUAGUGCCGCAGUUCUUGAGUACGUGGAAGAAAGAGCUUGUUCACACCCAGCUAAAAAACAGGCAUUUGGAUCCCAGACCAAAUGGGUGUCUUAAUGCAGACUUAAGGGAAGGAAGCUCUGCUGAAGUUGAUGAUGAUGAGCAGACGCCGCUGUUGUCUGCCUCUGUUGGCUUUGUACAGCAAGCAAGGAGAAAACCCAAAAAGGCGUCACUGUACAAAGUUUUGUUGAAGAUCUUCUGGCUUCCUUAUUUAAAGGUCCAGUUCAUUGGAAUAAUGGCAGACUGCCUUGUCUUCGUGAACACUCUACUCCUGAAUGAAAUCAUCCUGUACGUUGAGCACAAGAAGGAUUACCCACAGUGGCAAGGCUUUAUUAUUGCCUUCUCCUUCUUGGUUGUGACACUGCUGAACUCCAUGAUGAUCAACCACAAAGUCUACAAAACCUGGAAUAUUGGAAUUAAAAUUAAAACUAUGCUGAUGGCUGCAGUUUAUAAAAAGGCAUUGACAAUGAAUGCAGAGUCCAGGAGGAAAUUCACAGUGGGCACAAUCGUGAACCUGAUGUCUGUGGACUGCGCCAAGUUUCAGGACUUGUUGAUGUCUGCGUGGGUGGUGUUUUCCUUCCCCGUGUCUAUGUCCAUAAGUUUCUAUUUGCUCCACGACGCUCUUGGUCUUGCUUUCAUUACAGGUAUAGUUAUCCUGGUUCUUUUCAUACCAGUGAUCACAAAGAUUUCCUCUCUGAUUAAGAAAGCUCAAGCAGAACAACUGAAAAUCAAGGACAAAAGGAUUAAACUCACAAAUGAAGUUCUCAAUGGCAUCAAGGUGCUGAAGCUGUAUGCAUGGGAACCUUCAUUCGAUGAGCAAGUUCGAAACACUCGGGGACUUGAACUUGUACAGUUGAGGAAGGCAGCCCUGUACAUAUCUUUCGCCACAUUGUCGUGGUUCAUUUCUCCAGUUAUGGUGACAGUGUUGACUUUCCUCACCUACAUCCUCAUCUCCCCGGAGAACGCUCUCACGCCAGCCAAAGCUUUUGUAGCCAUGAACAUCUUCAACUACAUCCGAGUUCCCAUCAAUGUCUUGCCAAUGCUGGUCACUCAAGUUGCCCAGGUACACGUGUCAGGCAAACGUCUUUGUGAUUUUUUCUGUGGAGAGGAUCUUGAAGAGACGGACAGGGAGGGAGCUGAUGAAGAGCAUCCUGUGGUCAUGAGAGGAGCUACGUUUACAUGGGACAAGACAUUACCUCCAACGUUGAAGAAUUUGACGCUGGAAAUACCAAAAGGUAAACUAGUGGCGGUUGUAGGCCAAGUGGGCUCCGGGAAAUCUUCUCUGGUUUCUGCCCUUCUGGGUGAGAUGCAGAAAGAAAGGGGACAGCUUUCAGUGAAGGGUUCUGUAGCGUAUGUGGCUCAACAAGCAUGGAUCCAGAACAUGACCCUGAGAGACAACAUUCUUUUUGAGAAGGCCAUGACCACCGACCGCUACUACCAGAUCGUUGAUGCUUGUGCUCUGAGGCCGGAUAUUGAGCUCCUUCCUGCUGGUGAAAUGACAGAAAUCGGUGAGAAGGGCAUCAACUUGUCUGGUGGUCAGAAACAGCGUGUCAGUCUGGCACGCGCCGCGUACAGCGACGCUGACCUCUAUCUCCUGGAUGACCCACUCAGCGCCGUAGACGCACAUGUGGGUAGACACAUUUUUGAGCAAGUUUUGGGACCAAACGGACUUCUAGGCAAAAAGACCAGAAUACUUGUCACUCAUGGCAUACACUGGCUCCCCCUAACUGACCAUAUCAUAGUCAUGGAUCAGGGGCGGAUCACCGAGUCUGGCAGUUACCAACAGCUCAUGAAUCACGACGGGCCGUUUGCAGAAUUUGUGAAGACUUACUUGGUGGAGCAUGCAGAUGAUGAAAUCAAUGAUGAAGAAGUUGGAAAACUCACAGAUCAGAUCAUUGCACAGGUGGGCACUGUUAUAUCGGAAGAACUGCCGGACGAUACCAAAAAAAAACUGCUCAGAACUAGGUCACAUCACAGUCAGUCAUCAGCGACUGGAAGUGAAAAGUCCAUGACAGAUAAAGAGGGAGAAGGGAGUGCACGAGGAAAAAGCGAGAACAAGUCGCAGACUGCCUCUACUUCACAAGGUCAAGACAGACUGAUUGAAGAGGAAACUUCAGAAACUGGCAAGAUCCGAGGUGCAGUGCUGAUGGCAGUUAUCCGAGCAUUUGGAGUUGUUUCUGCUGCCCUGGUUCCUCUGUGCCUGGUGGCAUACCAAGGUCUGAACGUUGGCACAGGCAUCUGGUUGUCGCAGUGGACGGACGAUCCUUUUCUGCGCAACGAGAGCAACUCCCACAUGCACACAUAUAGGUCCAAAACGUAUUUUUAUCUCGGAGUCUAUUCUGCACUCAAUGGACUUCAAGUAUUUGGGAACGGAGCCUUCAUCCUGAUUGUGUUUUUGCACUUUGUGCAUGCCUCCAGGCAUCUUCACAACCACAUGUUGACCAACAUACUUCAUCAAGCUAUGGCAUUCUUUGACACAACACCUGUUGGUAGAAUUCUCAACAGGUUUUCCCGAGACAUGGACAUCAUCGACACUCUGUUCCCCCACCUGGUGAGGAUCACGCUGCACAACAUUUUCCAGCUGAUGGCCAUUGUGGUGGUCAUCUCCUACAGUACCCCAAUUUUUCUGGCUGUGGCUGUGCCCAUCUUUCUGCUCUAUGUGGUUCUGCAGGUAAACAAGGGUGGGAGGAGGGAGGCAAUUGGGAAGAUUUUUUCAUGGCUAGAUGAUUUGUUCAGACUCCGUUUCGUGGGAUUGUGUGUUUUGCACCGUCCCGCCUUCGUCCCCAGAAUUUAGAUCAUUAUUGGGGUAG